AUGAUUCGGAUGCAGAGAAUAUUUCGCCUCUUCGCGACGCCCUUAGUCGUGACCUUUUUCGUCAUUUAUUAUAAAGAAGCUACAUAUGAUCGAAACACCAAGGACUUCAGCUUUGAUCCAAUUCCUGACUCCGUAACAGUCGAUACUCAUGGAAUCGCGGAGAACUUUGGGAUCAAUCCGGGCCCAGAAAAGAAGGAAAAGAAGAAAGAUGAUGGUUUUGCGAGAGUUCAGGGAAGGAGUUAA